AUGUCGAUCGAUGAAGAAUCCGCCCUUUCCACACCUUCGUGUGCUUGGGCAACCUUGCUCACUUCCGAAUACCUUCUGCCCGGUCUGGUGGUAUUCGCUCAUUCCUUACUCGUAGAACAUGCUUCCGAAUAUCCAUUGGUCAUUAUGGCUACUUCGAAACUCUCUGUUCGGGCACGAACCAUCCUCAAGACCAUGCUUCCGGAAGGCAAGGCGAUCAUUCGGGAUGUUGAACCCUUCUAUCCUGCCUCAACAGCUACUGGCUUGGCUUAUGCGAGGUUCAACGAAGUUUGGACCAAGUUGCGAGCAUUCGAACUCACCGAGUUCUCACGAGUUGCAUUGGUGGAUUCAGAUAUGUUGGUGCGGAGCAACAUGGACGAACUCUUCUCUGACCCCUACGUGUUCGGCAAUAAGGGACAGGAGGAGGGGGAAACAGAAUGGAUCGGAGCCAGCUGGGCUUGCACAUGUAACCCUAACCGAAUCCCCACUUAUCCUCCUGAAUGGAUCCCUGCCAAUUGCGGAUAUACAGACCAAACUCUCCCCUCCGCAUCCUCGUCCUCUACUGUCACACAGCCAACUCAUACCUGCCCCCGACCGAAAAGGUUAAUCAACUCUGGUCUCGUAAUCCUCAGCCCCUCCUCCAGCACAAUGAAGGAAAUGAUCCAAGUGAUCAACACGGAUCCUCGCAUUCCCGAAUACCGUUUCCCAGACCAAGACUUCCUAGCAGACUUCUUCACCUCUUCCUCCCCAUCCCGAAAGAUUAGAUAUUUGCCAUACAAAUACAACGCACUCAAGAAACUCCGUAUCAUUCAUCCAAACAUUUGGUCAGAUGAAGAGGCGAUGAAUGUUCACUAUAUCCUAGACAAGCCUUGGACUCUGGGCAGACCUGGUGGAAAGAAGAAUGUAGAGGGGAUCGAUCCAGAUGCUGAGAUCCACUCCUGGUGGUGGAGUGCCUUUGAUCGGCUCAAGGCUCAACAGACUUUUGUGCAUCUCAAUGGGAAAGCCAACGGGCACGCCAACAGCAAUGCGGUGAGUGCCAAUCUCAAUGGACACACCAACGCUUACACGAAUGGCCACACGAACGGAAAGAAGAAGGACCAUCUUGUGAUCAGAUUAAGCGAACAAGAUUGGCGAGAAUGCGUAGAGAAGUAUAUGACUUUGAACUGA